CCGGCCUAGGGGCGACCGCAGGGCUAGGGAGGCGCGGGGCGCCGGGCGGGGCGGGGUCGCGUGCGGGGCGGGGACAGGACCGUCCCUUAUCUCAAGUCUGGGCGGACCCACUCCCCGCGGGCAGGGGCCCAGACAGCAGAAGACAGGGACGCAGGGGCAGUGUGGCCUUGGUACACAGAGGGACGCGGAGGCGGAGCGGGCCGGAGAGGUGCGGGGUCGGGAGCCCCAACCUCCCUCGCCAGAGCAGCUACCAGGAACUCCGCGCCAGGCUGGGUCCGCGCAGCCGAUCGCCCUGCGCCACCUCGAGGACCCGAGUGGCGCCUCUCUAGCGGAAUCCGACCCGACCGGGACUCGACCCGCCCGACCCGACCCGGCCGCAGACCCGACGCUGUCCCGCCCCUCUCGGCCAUGGCUGCGGCUGCAGCGCUUCUGCUGCUGGCUGCGCCCAGGCUCGGCGCUGGGGGCCCCACGCGCGACUUCAGCGAGGACGUGCUCAGCACCUUCGGCACCAACCUCAGCCUUUCUGUCGCGCAGCUCGGGCUGCUGUUUGGGGAGUUGGGCGCGGGCCAGGGCGGCCACACCGGAGCUACUGGACCCGGCGCCCUACACUUCAAUCAGUGCUUGUCGGCUGAGGAGAUCUUCACCCUGCAUGGCUUCUCCAACACUACUCGGAUCACCAGCGCUGAAUUCCCCAGCGUUUGCCCGGCUGUGCUGCAGCAGCUGACCUUCCACCCCUGUGAGACUGAGUCCAGGCCCUCGUCCAAGCCCACCCUGUCACAAGUCUGGGGCUACGGGCUGCUCUCAGUGACCAUCAUCAACCUGGCCUCACUCCUCGGCUUGGUCCUGACACCGCUCCUGAAGAAGUCCUACUUCCCCAAGAUCCUGACCUACUUUGUGGGGCUGGCUAUUGGGACCCUUUUCUCCAAUGCAAUUUUCCAGCUUAUUCCAGAGGCAUUUGGAUUUAAUCCCAAAGUUGACAGCUAUGUCGAGAAGGCGGUGGCUGUGUUUGGCGGAUUUUACAUGCUUUUCUUUUUUGAGAGGACACUUAAGAUGUUGCUGAAGACCUACGGGCAGAAUGAUCACACGCACUUCGGGAAGGAUGACUUUGGCCCUCCGGACAAGACGCAUCAGCCCAAAGCGCUGCCUGCUGUCAACGGGGUGAUGUGCUACGCCAACCCCGCCGUCACAGAGUCCAACGGGCAGGUGCACCUGGACAGCAUCAGUGUGGUGUCCCUGCAGGAAGGCAAAAGGGAGUCCAGUUCAUGUGGUUGUCUGAAGGGCCCCAAGCUGUCUGAAAUCGGAACGAUUGCCUGGAUGAUCACACUCUGUGACGCCCUCCACAACUUCAUCGACGGCCUGGCCAUCGGUGCGUCGUGCACACUGUCUCUCCUGCAGGGCCUGAGCACGUCCAUCGCCAUCCUAUGCGAAGAGUUUCCUCAUGAGCUAGGGGACUUCGUGAUUCUGCUGAAUGCGGGGAUGAGCACCCGGCAGGCCUUGCUGUUCAACUUCCUCUCCGCCUGCUCCUGCUAUGUGGGGCUGGCUUUUGGCAUCUUGGUGGGCAACAAUUUUGCCCCGAAUAUCAUAUUUGCACUGGCUGGGGGCAUGUUCCUCUACAUUUCUUUGGCAGAUAUGUUCCCAGAGAUGAACGACAUGCUCCGGGAGAAGGUGACAGGGAGGAAGACCGACCUCACCUUCUUCCUGAUCCAGAAUGCGGGGAUGCUGACGGGCUUCACGGCCAUCCUGCUCAUCACCUUGUAUGCGGGGGACAUAGAGCUGGAGUGACGGGAUGCAGACAGCGGUGUCCUUAACGAAGGCAUUUUACAAAGCAAAACAUCUCCAGAGGGAUUUUUACGCUUACUUAGUUAAAAGAUGCUUUUGUUUUUAAAUGUAGGUCAAGAAAACUGAUUAUUGGUUUCCGGUCUGUGAAAAAGACUCUUAUUUGCUGUUAAAAUUCUUCAAAAGAUAUUCAGUGUUGGUCUGGAAUGCCGAGCAUAUGAGGUGUUCAGUAAAUGCCCAGUUUCCAAUGGCUCAUGCACAUUAGAAAAUCACCAGGAACCAAGACACAUGCAUUUUACAAUCAUGUCGACUGACAGCAAGACACAGGGAAAAGCAGAAGAUAGGUCAUUUGAGGCUUUAAAACUCAGUACGGUCAGUUUCAAAGUGGUUAUCUUUCAAUUAUUUUGUUCCAGUGCUUCAAGAGCAGGUACAUGAAAAUGUGGAAAAGAAACAAAACACACAACAGAGAUAUAAAUGAUUCCGUGGCCUCAGUGAACCCAAGAGAGAAAGAUUAUGCUCAGCAUUUGUUCUGUUUUGUAUUUCCAUCAGGAACUUGUAACAUGGUGUUAAAAGCCUUCCAAAAUAAAUUGAGCUAAGAAAUCGAUAAAGACUGGUGAGCCCUAGUAGGUUUGGGGUUAGAAGUUUCUCUUAAGUCAACCCCAGCAAAUAUUGGCAAGGGCUGGCACUGGGAUGGAGCUGUGAGCACGCCGAUCCACCUCAGCACAACGCAGAGGCCGAGAGAAGUCACCCUGGGGGCCUGGGGCCUGCCUUGUGACAGGGAAGAGUAAGCUGGUUUGGAGAGAGAAAUUGAAUGUAAUUUUAAGUAAUUUACUUUUAAAGAUGAAUAUAAUUAAUUAGUAGAGAAUAUUUCAAUAAAUGCAAACACCAGUGGGGCCGUGGUGUGUCAGGGACAGGUGACCAGGAAGCACGCGCUCCUGUGGCGGAGUCGACGUCUUCUGUAUUCAGUCUACGUUUUUCCAGAUGGUGUACUCUGGGGAAAAUAAGGCACCCCUGGGGUUAUUUUUCUACUGUUCAGAGAAGACAGAGCCUGUUUACCCAGAUAAUAGAAAAUGAAUGUAAAAUUACACAUCCUAAUCUCAGUUCACACUCCCAAAUUACAUAAAGCAAGAUAAUUUGGCAGGCAGGAAGGUGAUCGAUAAAAGCCAAUGAUCUCAGGAGCUGCAUUUUCCCAUGGACUGCAGAAUGUUCUCACAUAGCGUAAUGCAAAUUUUGAUGAACAUUUAACAUGUAUGUUAAUGUGUAUCUCACCUUGUGAUUUCAAGUGUAAAAAAUUGUUGUUGCUUCACCAGUAGUAAACACCUGUGAAAGCGUGUAUUAUGCCAUGUAUUAUUCAUUUAAUGCAUAUCUUUUUUUUUGAGUGAUUAUCAUGUACCUGGUGUUGUUGGGGAGAGAGAAAAUUUGGAAAUUGGUGAUAUGUUUAUUUUAAGAGAACACUUAGCAAACAACACUACAAAGACAGUUACUGAUUUCAAGUAGCAGAAUCUAUUUUUAUCGUUGCAUCUUUUUUUUUUUUACAUUCCAUCUUACUAAGUAAUCUUUGCCUUUCUAAAGCAUGUGUUAUAUGUCUUGUUUAAGAAACUCCUUACAGCAUUGCAUUAAAAGGAGAGACUGAUGACCUCUCA